AUGGCCUUACCUGGACAAGAGAUUCAAAACCCAAAAAACAAGAAGAGGAAGAGCAAGGGUCGCGGCAAAUCAAGGUUAGCGAAGCUUUUGAAAACAAUUGAAACAGGAGAAGGCGAGGUGUCCGCUGCUGCGGUCAAUGGCUUAUUGGGAGAGGGAAGAUCAAACACACCAAUACAGGAUGAACUUUGUAUCUACGAGGCCGGCCAAGAUGGAGAUUGGACAGACAAUGAAGUCAAAGACGAUCAUCCGUAUGUCUCUUACAAAGAAAGAACGCAACGUGAGCAAGCGCAGUGGACAAAAGCUCUUCCAAGUAUGUUUAUCGAAUUCAUGAAGUGCUCAAAGAAAACAUACCAGUGGGGGGAUGAAACCAUUUGGAACCAGGAUUGGAAGACCGCUUGCCAAUGCACAGAUGUGAGGGAACGGUCGGUCGAUGUCGUUGAUAUCACAAGUAAGAAGUUCAUUUUCAUGUAG